CCGCCCCUCAGCAAUAACAAAUACCAACACCAUCGCCAUCCACACCCACAUCUCCUCGCCAGCAUGGCUCCCAGGAGCAACGUGAGCAGCCCUCGCAAUGGAAGGCUACCACCAUCAUCUCCUGCUCAAGCCCCUGCACCACGUGACAAGGCAGCUACGAAGCAGAAGAUGACACUGCAAGACUUGGUGAAUCGCCUGCAUCCAACAGUCAAGGAGAUCCUCUUCACCCAGAGGUAUUUCUGGCACGUUGCUGCUGCCGUCCUCGUGGCAGACUCGAUAUUGACAUUGGCCAUCAUUCGCUUCGUUGCCUACACGGAGAUUGACUUCUCGACCUACAUGCAGCAGGCCCAACAAUUCCUGGCAGACGGGCAGCGAAACUAUAGCCAGAUCAAAGGAGACACAGGCCCAUGUGUGUACCCAGCUGGCCACCUCUUCUUCUACUCGAUAAUCCACCGCUUGACAGAUGGAGGCAAAAACUUGCGGGUCGGGCAGUACCUCUUCGGAGGCCUCUACAUGAUCUCGCAAGCUCUCAUGGUAGCCAUAUAUCAGAAAGCUGGUGCCCCAGCCAUUCUCUUGCCCAUACUAGCUUCCUCCAAGAGACUGCACUCCAUCUAUGCUCUGAGAAUGUUCAACGAUGGAGUCGCCAUGACUAUCAUGUUCUCCGCCAUUCUUCUCCUCGCCAACCACAAGUACCGUAUGGGAACAGUGGUCACAAGUCUGGCACUGAGCGUCAAGAUGAACAUCCUCCUCUUCGUUCCGGCUCUUGCGGUCAUCCUCUUCAGAGCUAGAGGAUUCUGGCCAGGGCUAGUCGAUGGGCUGACACUCGUUCUGGUACAAGUCCUCGUCUCCCUGCCCUUCUCCCUCACCCAUCCGUUCGAGUACUUCUCGCAGGCAUUCGACCUCUCGAGGGUGUUUCUUUACAAGUGGACAGUCAACUUGCGCUUCUUACCGGAAGAGGUCUUUCUGGACGUGCGAUUGAGCAUGGCGCUGCUGUUGGUGCACGCCGGCCUCCUGAUCGCGUUUGGAUGGUACAAGUGGACCGCCAUCAGCAGAAUUGGGGCGUCUUCGUGGUUCAGAGCGCAGUGGAGAGCAAAGGAGGUGCUGAGUCCAAAGUUCAUCGUCCUAUCUCUCCUGACCUCGAACCUGAUAGGCAUCAUCUGCGCCCGAUCCUUGCACUACCAGUUCUACGCCUGGUACGCUCAAUCUCUCCCUCUCCUACUCUGGAACGUCAAUCUGCAAGGAACGACAAAGGCUAUCCUCCCUAUCGCCAUCGAGGUAGCUUGGAACACAUACCCCUCGACGAAUACCUCGUCUCUGCUGCUCUGCGCCUCCAACCUCCUGCUCCUGCUCGGUCUCUUCAAGAUGGAUCAUGCAGGGCUGGAAGCGUCUAGCAGCACAAGCAACGGUAUUCGCAGUAAGAGCAGCAGCGCUAGUGGGACACAAAAGAAAGACUAGCCAGCAUAGAUAGGAACUCAUGCUUGUAUAUACCUCAUUGAGUCAUUGACUGAUAGACCGCUAUCGAGAAUGUCCAUACUUUCUUUCCGCGAUGCUUUCCCCUGUCGCGCUCCUCAGUGUGUUUGAGCGUCUAGCUCUCCGUGACCAUUCCAUAACCCGCCAAUGCCCCUGCCGGAGCGAUGCACCUCGUCUCUCACGCUCUCCACCUCCCUCUUGACCUCUUCAAAGACCUCCUCCAAGCUCUUCUCAGCAUCCAAUGUCCUCCAUCGCGUACCCAUCCUACCCUCUACCUCUCCCCCCUGCUC